GACCUUACAAGUUUGGACAGACCGCGAUCUCAUGAACAGCUAACAUAUCGACACUCUUGAAUCGCCUGAAGACGCAUAUAUUGACAUUUUUACUGUCCGGGCUCAUCUUCACGUAAAGGCUACGAUCGUCACGAAAUACACGCGUAUAUUCAGGAGCUCUUCGCGAUGAAGGAUACUGUCUCUCUUCAGACCCCCAAAGUCAUCAAAAAGCUCCAGUUCAGUCUAUUAAAUGCUCAGGACACCGUCAAACUCUCCGAGUUCCAGGUGACUCACAGAGACCUGUAUACCCCCACGGACCGGUUACCCGUAAAGGAUGGUGUCCUCGAUCGCAGACUGGGCACGACUGAGAAAAGCGCGUUCUGCGAGACCUGUGGUCUAAGCUCGGUCGACUGUGUUGGGCACUACGCAUACAUCAAGCUAGCCGUCCCUGUGUAUCAUAUCGGUUACUUCAAACACUCCAUCGCGAUCCUUCAGGCUAUUUGCAAGACUUGCGCCCGUGUUCUGCUCGAAGAACCCGACCGACGCACGUACCUCAAGCGCUUCCGUCGCCCCAACCUUGAAAAUAUCCAGCGCCAGGCGCUAUGCAAAGCCGUCAACACUAUGGCACGCAAGGUUGUUUAUUGUCCAUACUGCUCGGCUACGAACGGUGCGGUCAAGAAGGCAGGGGCCCUCAAAAUCAUCCACGACAAGUUCCGAGCCAAGAAAACAGUGGAGGAGAUGGAGAAGUGGAAGAGAAGUUUUGCGCCUGCUGUAGAGGCACAGAAGGAGCUCGGGAUAUAUCUCAACAAGGCAGUUCAUGAAGAUAUCAAUCCCUUGAGAGCGCUGGAUCUGUUCAAACGCAUGUCAAACGAGGACUGUGAACUUCUUGGGCUAAAGCCCUCCUUUGGUCGACCCGAGCAGUAUAUCUGGCAAUACAUAUCCGUUCCUCCCGUCUGUAUCAGACCGUCAGUUGCCCAGGAUGGUGCCUCCAACGAGGAUGAUCUGACUGUCAAACUUACUGAGAUAGUGUUUACCAAUGCGCUGAUCAAACAAGGACUGGCAAAGGGGGCACCAAUAGCACAGUUCAUGGAACAUUGGGAGUUCCUUCAACUGUCCGUAGCUAUGUACAUCAACUCCGAACUCCCCGGCGUCCCAUCGCAAGCCGGCCAGAAACCCAUGCGAGGCUUCGUUCAGCGACUGAAGGGCAAACAGGGACGGUUCCGAGGUAACCUGUCAGGAAAGCGUGUCGAUUUUUCUGGGCGAACAGUCAUCUCCCCGGACCCCAAUCUACGCAUUGACGAAGUGGCUGUUCCGGAACGCGUCGCCAAGAUAUUGACUUACCCUGAGCGAGUGACGUCACAUAACAUCGACAACCUCAAGCAGGCUGUCAGGAAUGGCUGUGACGUUCAUCCUGGUGCCAACUAUGUUACCGCUGGAAGCAGCGGCUUCAAGAAGUACCUCAAGUUCGGAAACCGCAAUGCAAUCGCCGACGGGCUGCGAAUUGGUGAUGUUGUCGAGAGGCAUAUCAUCAAUGGCGAUGUCGUUUUGUUCAAUCGGCAACCUAGUUUGCACAAGCUUUCGAUCAUGUGUCAUAGAGUCAAAGUCCGACCAUGGCGAUCCUUCCGAUUGAAUGAGUGUGUCUGCGGCCCUUACAAUGCCGACUUCGAUGGUGACGAGAUGAACCUUCACGUUCCGCAGACUGAAGAAGCUAGGACCGAGGCCCUCGAACUCAUGAGUGUCAAGCACAACCUCGUCACUCCUCGAAACGGAGAGCCCGUUAUUGCCGCUAUCCAGGAUUUCAUCACUGCAUCCUACCUCAUCUCACGCAGAGACACAUUCUUUGAUCGCCGAUCAUUCACUCAGAUAUGCUGCUACCUUGCGGAUGGCGACCUGCAAAUUGAUAUCCCACCACCAACAAUCUGGAAGCCUGUGCGGCUAUGGACUGGUAAACAGAUUUUCAAUGUUUUGAUGCGGCCAAAUAAACAGUCGAAGAUCUUUGUCAAUGUCGAGUCAAAGUGCAACAAGCCACAAGACGCCAAAGCCGCAGACUACCCGCGGAUGAAGCCACUCCCAGACUUAUCUCCAAACGACGGCUGGCUGGUCGUAGUCAACAGUGAGAUCAUGUGCGGUGUCAUGGACAAAGCCACCGUUGGCAGCGGGAAAAAGAAAUCUAUCUUUGGUGUUAUCUUGCGAGAUUACGGACCACAUGAAGCUGCAGCUGCCAUGAACCGGGUAGCGAAGCUGUGCGCUCGAUAUCUUGCGAAUUGUGGAUUCUCUCUUGGCAUUAACGAUGUUAUACCCGGACGCAAGUUAGCGGCGAAGAAAGAUGACCUUGUUGAGAAAGCCUACGCCGACUGUUUGGACUUGAUCGCUUUGGCUAAAAAGGGAAAACUCGAGAACAAGCCUGGUUGCAAUCAAGAGCAGACUCUGGAGGCUAUGAUCUCGUCCGUGCUGUCCAAAGUUCGUGAUGCUGUCGGAGAAAUCUGCAUGAGUGAAUUGAGCAGACACAAUGCUCCGCUUAUCAUGGCUACCAGUGGAUCGAAAGGUUCCGUCAUCAACGUCUCGCAGAUGGUUGCCUGUGUCGGUCAGCAAAUUAUUGCUGGCAAACGUGUGCCCGAUGGGUUCCAGGACCGUUCUCUUCCCCACUUCCCUAAGAAGUCGAAAGAGCCACCAUCCAAGGGUUUCGUGCGCAACAGUUUCUACAGCGGUCUCCUGCCCACCGAGUUCCUCUUCCACGCCAUCUCGGGUCGUGAGGGUCUAGUUGAUACUGCCGUGAAGACUGCCGAGACUGGCUACAUGCAGCGUCGGUUGAUGAAGGCUCUCGAGGACUUGACAACCCAGUAUGAUCUCUCCGUUAGAACUGCGACCGGCGGGGUGGUUCAGUUCAGAUACGGAGACGACGGUCUCGAUCCCGCGUGUCUUGAAGGCGAUGCCCAACCUAUCGACUUUGACCGGUCGUGGAGUCAUGCCUCCUCAAUUGGCGGGCGAAGUGGACUAGGUUUGCUCCCGUUCCAAAUUCUCGAGAUCGUCCGGAAAGAACUGGAUACGCCACGCUUCAAAACCGAAUGCACCGCUGCUUACCGCGCUACGAUCGAAGGUUUUCUCAUGGACAAGGUUGUCCUUCGAAUGGCCCAGAUUCGCAAGAGUCAUGGGAUGUUCGAGGCUCUUGAACGUCCGUAUGAAUGGGACGAGGAUAUGGACCUGUCUCUAGGAGCAUCCAAAUCCGAGAGGGCAAUCGUUGACAACCACACCAAAGUCACUGAAGCCCAACUCCGAGCCUUCCUCGAGCUUUCUUGGAGCAAAUAUGUCAGAGCCAAGAUCGAACCUGGUUCAACAGUCGGUGCAGUCGGUGCCCAGUCCAUCGGUGAACCCGGGACACAGAUGACUCUCAAGACGUUUCAUUUUGCUGGUGUUGCCUCGAUGAACGUCACCCUUGGUGUGCCUCGUAUCAAGGAGAUUAUCAAUGCCGCCAAGGCUAUUAGCACGCCGAUUAUCAGCUGCAAGCUCGUGACAAGCGACAGCGAGCCUUCGGCGCGUAUCGUCAAAGGUCGGCUCGAGAAAACCCACCUCGGCGAUGUUGCUUCUUUGCUUGAAGAAGCGUGGGCGCCCGAAUACACCUACAUUGGUGUGAUCGUGGACAUGGACGCCAUUCGGAAGCUGCAGCUCGAGUUGACGCUGGACGAUAUCAAGUGGGCCAUAGUGGCGGCACGAAAGCUCAAGAUAAAACAGGAGUCCAUUACAGUCAUCCCUCGCCGCAGUAGGCUCCGCAUCUACAUUGAUGGUCCCGACAAAUAUUAUCGACUCCGCGAACUCAAACGAUUAUUGUCUGACGUAGUUGUCAAGGGUGUCUCGACGAUCUCUCGCGCCGUCAUCAACAUCAAAGAAAAGGACGAUGCGAAAGGCAAAAAGGGCGACAAGGAGCUGCUGGUCGAAGGCUACGGCCUCCAAAAGGUCAUGAUCACAGAAGGCAUCGUGGGCGAGCACACUACGUCGAACCACGUCAUUGAGACCUCGCAAGUACUUGGUAUCGAAGCUGCACGACGCACGAUCAUCAACGAGAUUCAGACGACCAUGUCUGCCCACGGUAUGACCAUCGAUCCUCGGCACGUCAUGUUGCUCGGCGACAUCAUGAGCUACAAGGCAUGCUGUUCUGGAGAAGUUCUCGGUAUCACCCGGUUCGGUGUAGCCAAGAUGAAGGACAGCGUGCUCAUGCUCGCCUCGUUCGAGAAAACGACGGAUCACCUGUUCGACGCCGCAGCGUUCGGGAAGAACGACAGCAUCGCCGGUGUAUCCGAAAGCAUCAUCAUGGGUAACCCGGCAGCCAACUGCGGAACAUCGAUGCCUGCCCUGUUCCUACCAGCACCUCCUAUCAGCAAGCCGAGGAAGCUGCUAUUCGAAGGCGCGCUGUAAAAGCUGGAGUCUAUAUUCAAAAUUUAUAACCAUAAUUUAUACGCUUUCUUUCGCAUCACCAUUUGUAGCAUUACUUCAUUGCGAUUCGGUCGCUAGAAUUGGA